AUGUAUUUGUCAAGAUUCCUGUCACUUCACGCCCUCUGGGUUACCGUAUCCUCCAUGAUGCAGCACUACCCUUCUGUGUGGGGACACUAUGACGUGUGUAAGACUCAGAUUUACACAGAAGAAGGAAAAGUAUGGGAUUACAUGGCCUGCCAGCCGGAAGCCAGAGACAUGAUCAAAUACGUAAAAGUGACUCUGGAUCCCCCAGAUAUAACGUGUGGAGAUCCUCCUGAGACUUUCUGUGCAAUGGGGAAUCCCUACAUGUGCAAUAAUGAAUGUGAUGCAAGUACCCAAGAACUGGCUCAUCCUCCAGAACUGAUGUUCGAUCUUGAAGGAAGACAUCCCUCCACAUUUUGGCAGUCCACGACUUGGAAGGAUUAUCCAAAGCCUCUUCAUGUUAAUAUUACGCUCUCCUGGAACAAAACCAUUGAGCUGACAGAUAACAUAGUUAUCACUUUUGAAUCUGGCCGUCCAGACCAAAUGAUCCUGGAGAAAUCGCUCGACUAUGGACGAACAUGGCAGCCCUACCAAUACUAUGCCUCAGACUGCUUAGAUGCUUUCCACAUGGAUCCAAAAUCAGUGAGGGAUUUAUCGCAGCACACAGUCCUAGAAAUCAUUUGCACAGAGGAAUACUCUACUGGGUACAUGACAAAUAGUAAAAUAAUCCACUUUGAAAUCAAAGAUAGAUUUGCUUUUUUUGCUGGACCUCGGCUUCAUAACAUGGCUUCUCUUUAUGGCCAGCUUGACACAACCAAGAAGUUAAGAGAUUUCUUUACCAUCACGGAUCUGAGGAUAAGACUGCUUAGGCCAGCAACUGGAGAAAUAUAUGCAGCUGAGCAACACCUGGCACGCUACUUUUAUGCAAUUUCAGACAUAAGGGUAUAUGGAAGGUGUAAGUGCAACCUUCAUGCUACUGGCUGUAAAGAAGAAAACAAAAGACUACUUUGUGAAUGUGAGCAUAACACAACUGGCCCAGACUGUGGAAAAUGCAAGAAGAAUUACCAGGGCCGACCGUGGAGCCCUGGUUCUUAUCUGCCUAUACCUAAGGGCACUGCUAAUAUCUGUAUACCCAGUAUUUCCAGUAUUGGUAACUGUGAAUGCUUCGGGCACUCCAACCGGUGCAGUUACAUCGAGCUGCUCAAUACGGUCAUUUGCGUGAGCUGUAAGCACAACACUAGAGGUCAGCACUGUGAGUUAUGCAGGCUGGGCUACUUCAGAAAUGCUUCUGCAGAGCUGGACGAUGAAAAUGUUUGCAUAGACUGUUAUUGUAACCCUUUUGGUUCAGUCCAUGAUCGCUGUAAUGACAGAGGAUUUUGUGAGUGUAAGGAGGGAACAUCAGGGCCUAAAUGUGAUAAAUGUCUGCCGGGAUAUAUCUGGCACAGCUUGGGCUGUCAAC